GUUUGUUUUUUCUCUGCAGGCUUCAUCGCAGCAGCUGAAAUUCACAACCUCAGACUCAUGUGACAGGAUCAAGGAUGAGUUCCAGUUCCUUCAAGCACAAUACCACAGUUUGAAGCUCGAGUGUGACAAGUUGGCCAGUGAGAAGUCAGAGAUGCAGCGCCAUUAUAUCAUGUACUAUGAGAUGUCCUACGGUCUCAAUAUUGAGAUGCACAAACAGGCCGAGAUAGUCAAGAGAUUGAACGGGAUCUGCGCACAAAUCCUCCCCUACCUGUCUCAGGAGCACCAGCAGCAGGUCCUGGCGGCCAUAGAGAGGGCCAAGCAGGUCACACCUCCGGAGAUGAACUCCAUCAUUAGGCAGCAGCUCCAGGCUCACCAGCUGUCCCAGCUCCAGGGCCUGGCCCUGCCCAUGACCUCUCUGCCUCUGGGCCUGAGCCAGCCAACACUCCCUGCUGUCACCACCUCCUCCGGUCUCUUCUCCCUCUCCUCCCUGCUGGCCUCCCAAGCCCAGCUGGCCAAGGAGGAGAAAGCGUCACGUGACGGAGUCGACAGCCACCGCGAGGAGGACGGAGACAAGUCUGAUUAGCUGGGUUUUACUUUUGGUUUGUGUUUCCAUCCAGGGACGUGAAUCCUGAGAUCUGACUCCUGGUCUCCAGUCACACUGACAGCUUCCCUCUGUCUGACUUCAGUUUAUACAGGCUUUAAUCGUGACACAGUUACACAACAAGUGUAUGCCUCUCUCAAGUAUUUCUUCUUAUCUUUACAACUCACCUUGUGUGUAUACAGUUAAACAGUACUUUUAGUUUAUUGUCUUUUUAAUUAGCACUUCUUUCUCGCCCUGUUGAUCAGUCUUUAGUCUUUUUUAGUUUUUUCUUUUUUUCACUCUUCUUUGUCUUUAUCUUCUAAGGUGGUUCCGGCUCUGUACAUACCGCAAACCUCAAUGACCCUGAUGUCGAUGUGUUUCAUACAACACAAUGUGCUGUCUCUAUCUAAAAUCCCAUUUAAAAGAUUAGGCAUUUGAAUGUUUUGUAGCUUACAUGCUAAACAUUAGCUUUAGCUGUUUCUGUCUGUGAGCUCUGUCACCACUUUUUACAGGCUGUAUUUGUCCCUUAGCUCUUUAGUUUCUACUCCAAUCUGAUGAACCAUUGGUUAAUGGUCCAGGGUUUGGUGUGAUCACCCGCCCCAAGACUUUGAUUGGGUGUUAAGAUGAAGUCAUCGUUCAAUUUGAUCAAAUGUCCAGGAUGGUCAGGUCAUAGAAGACAUUAUUGUCUUCCUGUCUGUUCUAAAUAACGUUCAGACCCUGUGGUGGGACCUGGACUCUGGACAGAACUGUCAUUGAAACAGGACACAGUUCUGUGGAUGUCCAUAAAAAACUUUUAACUGCCUUAAGGGGCAGUAAAAUCUUUUUGAACAGUUUUGACCUCUUUAAUGCUGAAAUAGUUAAUUGUUAAAUAUGUUUAAUAAUUGUUAAAAUACUUAAUGCUCAUUGAGAGAGAGAGAGGGAGAGAGAGAGAGAGGAGGGUUCUUCACACCCUGACCACAGACUGUCUAUGAUUCUGUGAGUAGUUUAUUUGGAGAAAACAGAACAACUUAAUGUUUGCUGUCGGCCUUUAAAGUGAAUCCAACUUCAGUCACACACCGCAGCUCCUGCUCUGACCUCAGGAGGAACAGCAGAUCAUUCUGACCAGCAACAGGGAGAGUGUGCAUGUUAUAUGUUUGACAGCAGAGGGCAGCGUGUGUCUUUGCAGAAUUGUCCUUGAUAAAAAUGAGACCAGAGAAAAGCAGGCAGUGUUCAGAGAAGACGCAGUUCCUUAUGGUGGAACAACCUGUUCAUUCUAACCACACAUAUAACCAGCCCAGUGUGAUGGGGUGAUUGGAUUGUGAUUGUAACGCAGUGAAGGUGUGACGGUUAGAAACCCCUCCAGUCCUACAUUCAUCACUGUAGUUUUCCUUCACUCAUGAUGUGCUAAACGCAGAAAACAACCUUUUGUAUCAAAUUUUGCCGGCGUUCAAAACUGUUCGUCUGACCAAUGAUUCUUCUCCUAUCCAAACCGUAUGAAGCUCAAUGUGUUUGCUAUACAGUACAUACAGUGUCUAUUUUAAGGGUUUCUUCUUACCUUCUAAUCACAACUCACAUCGUGGUCAUUUGUUUAUGUUAAAAGUGAAACCUUCAGAAAAAAAAAACUAUUUUAGUCUAUUUCAGUGUGAAGAUAAACCGAAGGCUCUCAAACAUGUUCUGUCCGAAAAGUUCCCCCUACAGUCUUUUACCAUACAGAAGUCCACAACACACCGCUGUAGCUCUUCAUCCAUUAGGUUCCAUUACCACCACCUAGUGGACACCCAAGAACAUCAGGACCAAUUGCAAAAGAAAUAAAACAAGAAUUAGAAAAUGCAAACAGAGGGUUGUGUACCUGCUGAUGAACUCAGCAGUACUUGUACAGUAUUUUAAGAAUCGAUAAAAAAUCCUUCUGAUUACUUCAUCUAGUCACCUGAGUUUCCAUUUAGCAUAAACAGUGACAAAUGUUUUGAAGGAAAAUGAUUCUAAAAUAAAGCGCAUUUUAUUGUUGACGUCUCGACUCAGUUUCUAGGUGUGGGAACUCGGCAGGAAAACGUACAGUCACAGGUGAAACCAUCGCAGACUGAAGCCCUUUGUGUCUGAAGGCUUCGUAUGAAACAGGAGACUCCCUCUGAGAUCAGUGUGUGCGCAUGUGCACGAUAAGUGUAUAAACUGUUGUACAGGUGUGAACGUUGGCGAUGAACCACGGGGAUGACGUGCUUUGCUUUUACUAAUGUGCCAUUCUGCUUGUGCAUUCUACUCAGAGCACAUUAACCUCCCUCCUGUCGCAGACUGUAUUCAUCCUGCUCCACGCUCUGCCUGUGUUGAUAUGCAGAGCAUGAAGACCAAACACACUCAAAGUGCAUGUCUGCAGGGGAACUGGGAUUGAUUUGUUUUAGUGAAGAAUUCUUUUUGUUUUGGUUUAAUUUUUCUGUCAUCGCUGCAUUCUUUUUCCUUUAUUUGAUUUUUAUUUUGGACAUUCAUGGUAAUAAUUACAAGCUAAAACUCAAAGCUGACGUUACAACCAUACAAAUUAAAACUUGAUGUAUUUGUGACAGUAGUUGAAGGCUCUGACCUCUGUGUACAGUUCUACAUAGAAAGCUUUAUGUGUCUAUGGCUGCAUCCUCUUGUCUGUCCUGGAUAAUUCUUGUGCUGUCGUGUUACAAACAUGAUCAGACACCGAGGUGGGAGGGUGAGGGACGAUUCCUCUCCUCUCCUCCUCCACCCACACAUUUCAUCUCACCCCUCCCUUACACUUCUCAGCAUUUUGCGCUUCGUAAAAGGUCUUUUUUUUAAUACUUAUUUUGUGUAUAAUGUAAAACUUGAAGGUGCGUACUUUGGGGGAAAAAAAGAGAGAGAAAAAAAGAAAAGAUUUGUGUCAAAAAACAUAGCUUCACUUUAAAAAAAGAAUCUUUAAAAACAGUGCAACAAACAUUUACUAUAAAUAAUAUGAAAUGUUCUGCAGUAAAGGACUUAAUUGUGCCUUACAAAUAAAGUCAAUCAAAUCAAA